CCCAUCUCUAUCUUUGUUUCGGCGGCCCAUGUGCAGCUUGCGUACGUCGCGGCGGCAUCGCGCGCUCGCGUUUAAGCAUCUCUUCCCGCCGCAUGGACGUUCAAGUGAAUGUCUCAAAAGUCAAAGACAAUUGCAAACAGAUGAGCGGAUGAGCUUUCAACUGCCGCCUGGCACCCACCCCACCCCACGAUCCCCGGUGUUUCCAUGCCGGGCAGGGCACUGAUGGCAGUCGUCCCAAAUCCUGCUUGCUCGGCAAAACCAGUCAACGUUCAAAUCAUAGCAGACAAGGACUGAUCUAUUUUACUCAUGUGCUUACUCACAAAAUUCCACCGGUUCAUCCCUUGUCUAGUCAUCUGUAUUUUACCGAUUAUGACAUGUACCCUGGAUAUAUGCGUGAUAUCCGCUAGACGACUCCACUUGCUCAACGUUUGUGUUGACGCGGUCUUUGUGUCCGUCUCUUGUCUAUUUUUGUUUCUGUGUCCUCCCGCUUUGAUCCUUCCUUGCGGUACUUGUUCGAAAGAAAUCCCCCUCUCCCUUGUCAACACACUAUUGCCCCACGGCUCGUUAUACACCUAUGGUCAACCAGGUGUCCUAGCGGGGCCUACGACAACGGCCAGUAAGAAAAAGAAAAGGACAAAUCCAGUAGCGAGACCACAGAGGGCAAGUCGCUACUGCCCGAAAUAGUUAGUCGUUAUCAGGCGAUCAUGGUCUGGCUCGUUACUGGCCGGGCCCGUUGACCUCCAUCUCCGCCGUCUUGUUAUCUAUUAGGUGUCAGCACGAUUACUCGGUCUUUGUUUCCGCGCGCGACAUCAAAAUUGUUCGGCCAGAAGCUCAGGACGAGAGGAUACAUACGCACAAGAUGAGUUCCUCAUCUUCUUCGCGCAAGUCGCGCAAGUCCCGUAGCGGGUCGAGCGUCAUGUACACAAACGCAGUGUAUUUCCCGAAUCAACAUAUAUACAAGGGGGACACACCGGGGCAGCUCAACUACAGCUGUAUAAGCCAUGUGUUUUACGCCCACGCGCAAGUGUCUAGCGAUGGCAGUGUUCUUUUAAGCGACGAGUGGGCAGACGCAGGUGCAUCCUGCGAUGGGGUCAAAGGUGGCCUCGGCUCACUGAUGUACCUGAAGCAGAAACAUCCUCAUCUUCUGGUCGUACUAUCAGUGGGAGGUGGCAACUCGAGCGAGAUAUUUCCCCACGUGGCUGCUAGCGCUGUCCGCCGGGACACCUUUGCACGAUCGGCCCAGGGACUGGUCGACGCAUCUGGACUGGAUGGGAUUGACGUUGAUUGGGAAUACCCCUCCGACCCACAACAGGGGGCCGAUUUCGUUGCCCUGCUAGCCGCCGCACGCCUCUAUCUUACUGAGGACCGAUAUAUACUCACGGCGGCUCUGCCAGCGGGCCUAUCGGUUCUGCAGAAUAUCAACUUGGCAAUGGCCGCGGACUAUCUUGACUACAUAAACAUCAAAGCAUACGAUCUAUACGGAUCCUGGACGCACAAAUGUGGCCAUCACGCUCAGUUGUAUGCCAAAGGAAAGGACGAAGCAUCGGGAUCAUCUGCCGUGCAUUAUUUGCUAUCGAGGAAGGUCCCCGCGAAGAAGAUCCUCCUCGGAGUUCCUGUAUAUGGGCGAAGUUUCCUCAACACUACGGGACCAGGGCACAGGUUCAAGGGUACCGGAGGUGAGCAAGGUGUGUUUGAAUAUCGCCUGCUUCCAAGGAAAGGAACGAGGGAGCAAGUCGACAAGGGACUCGUUGCGGCGCAGUGCGUAGGUGGCGACGGCGGCUUCGUCACAUACGACAACCCGGAUACAGUCAAGAUGAAGGCCACAUAUUGCAAGCAAAAGGGCUUAGGUGGCCUUUUCUAUUGGGCUGGACCAGCAGACUCCAAGGAUAGCAAAAGAAGUCUAAUAGCGGCUGGAUUCAGGACCUUGCAUGGUACAUGAUAACAUCAAACAGCUUGCAAGGCUAUACCAAGUGCACAACGGAGGAUUUUCUCUACCGCCGACAUUUGCAACACGAGACGCGCGUGUCGAAGGCAAGAACUUGCCCGUAUCUUUGCGGACAGCGUGGCAAGUCACCAGACCAAAAGCUGCAAUACGCGCGUACAUGUGCCAUCACACUUGACAUGGCUGUUGCUUUGGCCUGCGUGUGUGCGCCAUCGAAAUUUUGAUACAACUCGAUCAACCGGGUAAUGUGGGGGCUAUGGCAAAACAAAGUGGCUCACAACGGGAAAACAGCACGUGCAUAGGGGGGUUCUUCCGUCUCAGAUAUAGCGGGCGGCAUGAGGCAGCCAGCAAACCCCUUGGAGUUUUGUUUUGCGACAUAAAUUAGAGUCAAGCUUGUUUUUGUAUUCUGGGCGGGCAUUAGAGUGUUCUUAAACGUCUUGAGGGGCCGCAAAAAAAAAGAGAUGGCAAGGUCGAGGUUCACGGGACUCCAAGUUAGAGGUAGACAAAAAAGCAAAUGGAUAUAUGAAGUUUCA